AUGAUUAAACACGUUGAAUAUCUUCGCAAGAAAAUCCCCGCGGACAAGAAUGUUUUCCGCGCUGUGUACCGCUACUGCUUUUUGCUCUCUCGCAUGCAGGGCCAACGUAAUGUCCAGUACGAAAUUGCUGUAGAGCAGUGGCGCAUGCUGUUCAAUGCUGAGUCCGGCGGUGUUGCGGCCAACACGGCUACCACUCCUUGGCUGGACUGGUGGAUUGAGUUCUGCGAGCAGAAUGGCAAGAAGCCCAUCAGCAAAGAUCUGUGGGAACAGCUUGAGGUGUUUCUUAACAAGGCGCAUGAAGAUGAAACAUUGGGUUGGUGGAGCACUGAUGGAGCCUGGCCCGGUGCGAUUGAUGAGUUUGCAGCUUUUGUGAAGGAAAAGAAGAGUGCCAACAGUGAGGCUAUGGAGGUGGAGUCCUAA